AUGAGCUCAACAAUGGCAGCAGCAACAAUGGCCCUCUCCUCCCCUUCACUCGUCGAAAAGGCAGUGAAGCUCACCCCCUUCUCCCCUGAGCUGAUGGGCAACGGUCGUGUUUCCAUAAGGAAAACCUCCAGGCCUGUUCCCUUCGGAAGCCCAUGGUACGACCCAGACCGCGUCAAAUACUUGGGCCCAUUCUCUGGUGAGCCCCCAUCCUACUUGACUGGUGGUGACUAUGGCUGGGACACAAAUGGCCUCUCUGCUGACCCAGAGACUUUUCCUAAGAACCGAGAGCUUGAAGUCAUCCACUCCAGGUUUAAUGAAGAGUGUAGAAGUGAUGAUACUGAUUUGGAAAUAGAGGAUGAUGAUUUUGCAGAUAGAGAAGAUUUUUAUAGUGAGAAACAUAGAUAUAAUAUAAAUUUGGUUUCAGAGGCUCUAUUUCCUGUCCGUUUUAUGCCAUGGAAGGAAAUGGAGAAGUGGGUCAGGAAUUUGUGCCAAGAUAUGGGCAUACAGUUUGGGUUAAAUGCAAGAAGAGAACUAUGCACGCGUGAAACAGGGGAUGAUAUUCCCUUUUGCAGAAUUCAUGGACAGACCCAAAUGUUCAAGUGCAAGCUGAGUGACUUUCAGGAGUUUGUGCCAAGAUAUGGGCAUAUAGAGUUUGGUUAA